CUUUCCUUCCCCGCAUACGAAUAUUGCUUUUAAGGGUAAUUCUGCCCCCCACUAAAUCACUUUCCGUAGGUUACGAAAACGAGGGGGUGAAAAAAUCCUUUACGUGACCUAUGUUAUAUGACGUUCGAGAGUCUCAUUGGCCAGGCGCGAGAAAACGAACCAAUAGCGUCGCCGGGACAUCACGCCAAGAGCCAAUCGAUGGAAGGCUUCAAGGUAGGAGGGCGGAGUUACUGCGUCUCAGGCCAGUUGUCACAGUGAAUCACCGUGAGGUGGUUUUGUAAUCUUUGGAAUGUAAUAAAAAGCGCGGGACGUCCAUCAGCACCAACUGACAAGAGCCCCGUAAGUGCUUUCCAGUGUCGCCAAGGACGUCGCCUUCCGGAAGCCUUUGGAAAGAGCCAAUUCUUCGGCGGUCUGGGACCCGAGAUCUUCGCUAAAACCCCUUCCUCCCUCACCCCUCCACCACCUCCUGAUAACCCCCCUGGAAAGAAGGCCCGAAACGACCAACCCCGUUUUCCACAAAAUCGGUAGUCUCCACCCACACCCUUUUACACAACCACCAAGCUGGAGUUCGCGCGAUUCGGCAUAUUUAAGUUCUGUUGGCACUGUGGUGGCGACCUGACCAAACGGAGGCCAGUGCUCUUAGCGACAGCGUCCGAGAAGCUGCAUCCUUCAACACCAUCACCCGAAGACAUGAAGGCGGCUGAGAUGAACCGCGAGAGGUUUGCCAUCAACAAGUCCUACAGCAUCGAGAAUGGCUACCCUGCCAGGAGGCGUUCGCUCGUAGUCGACGCCAAGUUCGAGACUACUAUCAAUAAGCAGAAACAACAGUCUUGGCUGGAAGAGGCACAGAGGCUCUCUUGCGAUGGCGAGCUGAGUGAAGAAGAAGUCUUCCUUGUUCAGAGCCCCUGCGAACCCGACCAAUCGCAGCAGGUAGCCCUAGUGGUGGGUCUAAUUGACGGCGUAGGAGCGCUUCCAAGGAUUAUCAAAACCAUCGAGAACUUCAAAGGCACGGUGCUGCACGUGGAAACCCGAUCCUGCCCUCGCAAGGGCGUGGCCUUCGAUGUCCUCCUGAAACUAGACAUCCUUCGGGAACCCUUGCUGAAUCUACUGAAAUCCUUACGUCAAGGAUCAGCAAUUGCUUCAGUCAAGCUUCUCUCUGAACAUCAUUCUUCUAUCAAAGAGCCGUGGUUUCCCAAACACAUCAGCGAACUCGACAUGUGCAACCACCUCAUGACGAAAUUCGAGCCAGAUUUGGACAUGGACCAUCCGGGUUUCUCUGAUCCCGAAUACCGAGCCCGCAGGAAGGAAAUUGCUGAUAUCGCCUUCACUUACAGACACGGCGAAAGCAUUCCACGCAUAAAAUACAGGGAAGAGGAGAUCGAGACGUGGAAGGCGGUUUUUAUAGAACUGGAAAAGCUUAUCCCUACGCAUGCAUGCAAGGAGUAUCGCAUGGUCUGGGAAGCUCUCAAGAACGACUGCGGAUAUGCUGCAGAUAACAUACCCCAGCUACAGGACGUCUCCAAUUUCAUGAAGCGCCGCACAGGGUUUACUCUGCGACCUGCAGCAGGCCUCCUGACAGCCAGAGAUUUCUUGGCGUCUUUGGCCUUCAGGGUAUUCCAGUGUACUCAGUAUAUACGACAUCACUCAUCGCCCCACCAUUCGCCCGAACCAGAUGCCAUCCACGAGCUCCUGGGCCAUGCCCCAUUGUUGGCAGAGCCCUCUUUUGCCCAGUUUUCCCAGGAGCUCGGCCUCGCCUCCCUAGGGGCAUCCGAUGAGGAAAUCGAAAAGUUCGCAACGAUGUACUGGUUCACAGUCGAGUUCGGACUCUGCCGUGAAGGAGACGAAAUCAGGGCUUGGGGUGCAGGCCUCCUGAGCAGUUUCGGAGAGCUGCAACACUCCCUUUCAGACAAGCCCGACAAACGCGAUUUCGACCCAGCCACCACUUCCGUCCAGCCUUACCAAGAUCAGGACUACCAAGAUGUUUAUUUCGUUGCUCAGAAUUUGGAGGAUGCUCAGGAAAAAUUCAGACGCUGGACAGUCCAGACACUCUCCAGACCAUACGAAGUUCGCUACGAGCCCUUCAGCCAAACCGUUCAAAUCCUGGACUCCGUCGACAAGAUGGAAUCCCUAGGGGCGGCUCUCAAGACCGAGGUGAUGAGGCUGAACAACGCCAUCGUCAAGAUGAAGUUCUAAGCGUCAAUGGCGUCAUGUGAAACUGUCCCUAUUAGUACUUAAGGCACUGUAGAUAGGAUGCCUCUAAAGCUAGAGUAUCUUCAUUACCAGACGCUGUGUUAAUACGUGCUUAACUGAUUUAAAAUCAGGCUAAUUUAUUGCUAGUCUUGUGGAAACAGAGCAAUUUGGGUUUAAAAACUGACUCAAUUUGUGCAAAUAGUUGUGAAUAGUGUGAUUCUCAUAUCAUCAGGAAUAUAAAUAUUAAUUAUAGUUUUGGGGGAAUUUUAUAGGAAAACGGGAAAUAGCUCACGCAAAUAGGCCUGCCUAAUUUGAUUCAGUCAGAACCUUCAGGUUAUCCUCCCUGAACGUAUGCCUGUUUUAUCUUGAGCAUCUUUUUUUAUAUUAAAAAUGAAAUUUAGACUUUUUUGGGGUAUGCGUCUCAAUUUAUUUACGAAAGGCGACGAGUAUACAAAGAAAAAUUAAAUAGAAGAAAACAGCAGUAAUCAGCCUCCAAGUGAUAUCCACAACCCAAUUCCUGAAAGAAUGACAACACUAAAUUAUUAGCUUAGUGUGCUGCAUUUGCAUAUAUUUGCAUGAUGAAUAAUGUGGUCUUGCAUUCUCAGAUAUAAAACGGUUUACAUUUUUAAAGAUGAAGGUAAAGAGUAACUUUUACUGUUCGAAAUGCUUUUAUUGUCACCAUUUCUUAUCACUGCUUCGGUAACCCGAUAUACUUUAAGUUUAGUAAA